AUGAUCAAGCCCAAAGUGGUGGAAACCAAGGAUGGAAAUAUUUCUGUGGCUACUGCAUUUUCCGGGCAACAAGAAGUUGUACAGGAUAGAGACCACGAAUUCUUAACAAAAGCGGUUGAAGAAGCCUAUAAUGGGGUUGAAUGUGGACAUGGAGGUCCUUUCGGUGCUGUAGUUGUCCGUAACGAUGAAGUAAUUGUGAGUUGUCACAACAUGGUUUCGAAGAAUACAGAUCCAACUGCCCAUGCAGAGGUGACAGCAAUUAGAGAGGCGACUAAAAAGCUGAAUCAGAUUGAGCUUUCAGACUGUGAAAUAUAUGCCUCUUGUGAGCCUUGCCCUAUGUGCUUCGGUGCCAUCCACCUUUCUCGGAUUAAGAGGUUGGUUUAUGGAGCAAAGGCCGAGGCAGCCAUAGCGAUUGGGUUCGAUGAUUUCAUCGCAGAUGCAUUAAGGGGUACUGGCUUCUAUCAAAAAGCAAAUAUGGAAAUUAAAAGAGCAGAUGGGAAUGGGGCAAUCAUUGCUGCACAGGUGUUCGAGAACACGAAGGGAAAGUUCCAAAUGUAUUGAUUUCUUCAGUUGCUUAUGAAGAAAACCUCUAUACUCAUUUUACCAAAAACUAAACAAAACAAAGAAAACCAGAAAGGUGAAAAACUGUAGUUUUUUUUUUUUAAACCCCAGUAAUUAAGAAUAAAAACUGUUGCCUUGAUACACUUUGUAUUUACUCUGAUGGGUUGGUGCUAUCGCCAUUGUUGAUCAUAUU